CGGAGGCUGAAACAACACUCUGCCGUUUGGCACUUGAGUGGGUAGACAGAGCAAGAGAUGAGAGGCUGGUAUCAAGUGAGGCAGAAGUGCGAAUGAGUUUAGAAAUAAUUACCAAGAGACAGACAGAGAGGAAAACCACCUAUUUAUGGUAAUAUUUAGAUGGAUGUUAAAGAGAAGACAUGUGUCGGUGAUGCAGUCAUGGAGGGAAAGACCACAAAUGUUAAGGAGGAAGACUGUGAAUGGGAAUCUGUCCACUGUAAACAGGAGAGUCUGGGCAUUAAGGAGGAGGAUCGUGAACUGGGGUCAGUGGACAUUAAAGAAGAGGCCGAAGAGAAGUCUGUCAGUAUUGAGACACACAACCAUACAAGUUUGGAGGCAGCUGAGGAAGACACCCUUCAUAAUGGGUGUCAAGAUGAAUUGGUGACUGGGUUAGACUCUUCUCAAAGCAGACCCUGUUCAUCUCCAGAACCUUCUGUCAAUGUAAAAUCUGAAUCAUUAGAGUCUGACGCAAAGAGGACUGAGAAAAUUGCAUCUGUUAGAACUUGCAAAGAUCAGCCACCACCUACAAAAAAGUCUGGAGAAAGAGACAACCCUCACUGCUGUUCUGCAUGUGGAAAACAAUUCAGUAACAGUAGUAAUCUUCAGAAACACACCAGAAUUCACACUGGGGAGAAGCCAUUUUGCUGUAUUGAAUGUGGCAAACAAUUCUUUGAGAAAAGCAAUCUUCAAAGCCACAAAAGAAUUCACACAGGAGAGAAGCCAUAUUGGUGUAAUGAAUGUGGCAAACAGUUUUCGCAAAGAAGCCAUCUUCAGAGUCACAAACAAAUUCACACGGGAGAAAAGCCACAUUGCUGUUCUGUAUGUGGCAAGCGAUUUUCUCGCAGGAGUAGUCUUUGGAGGCACACAAGAACUCGAACUGGAGGAAAGCCGUACUGUUGUCCUGAAUGUAAUAAACAAUUCUGUAACAGUAGUAAACUUCAGAGCCAUAAACUAAUUCAUAUAGGAGAAAAGCCAUAUUGCUGUUCUGAAUGUGGCAAACGAUUUUGUCACAGGAGUACUCUUCAAAGACACACAAAAAUUCACACAGGAGAGAAGCCAUGUUGCUGUGAUGAAUGUGGCAAACAAUUUUCACAAAAAAGCUAUCUUCAGAGCCACAAACGAAUUCACACAGGGGAGAAGCCGUAUUGCUGUAAUGAAUGUGGCAGUCAGUUUUCACAAAAAAUCUAUCUUCAGAGCCACAAAAGAAUUCACACCGGAGAGAAGUCAUAUUGCUGUAAUGAAUGUGGCAAACAGUUUUCUAGUAGGAGUAGUCUUUGGAGGCACACAAGAAUUCGAACUGGAGAAAAGUCGUAUUUCUGUGCUGAAUGUGGCAAACAAUUCUGUAAUAGCAGUAAACUUAAGAGACACAAAACAAUUCACACUGGAGCGAAGCCAUAUUGCUGUUCUGAAUGUGGCAAACGAUUCUGUCGCCGAAGUACUCUUCAAAGACACACUAGGAUUCACACUGGGGAGAAGCCGUAUUGUUGUAAGGACUGUGGCAGACAAUUGUCUGACAGGAGUUCUCUUUGGAGGCACACAAGAAUUCACACUGGAGGGAAGCCAUAUUUCUCUGACAGGAUCAAUCUUCAGAACCACACAAAAAUUCACACUGAAGAGAAACCAUAUUGCUGUUUGGAAUGUGGCAAACUAUUUUCACGAAAGGGCAAUCUUCAGAGACACACACGAACUCACACAAGUUCACAGAUAUAAUGGAAAACAUGCUGUUCCUGCAACAGUCCCCUGUGGAUUAAGGACUUACCCAUGGAUGGCUCAUAAGUGGCAAACUAUGACCAAAAAUGAAUGCUUAAACAUGAUUGCACUAGGCAGCAGCCUGUGCAGGUGACAACAGUAGAAAUAGAUUGUACAACUGAUAUAAUCUGCCAAAACAGAGCUAGGAACUCCCUCAUCUGGUUGCUGGGUGUGUAGUUUGGACUGUCACGACUAAACAGUGAGGUUCACUCCUGUCUCGAUAAUAAGCACACCAACAAACUUUAACAAAAUAUUACACCAAAAGAAGGCUUAUGUUCUGAACUGUUAUUAGGUAAAAAUGAAAUGUGCCAUUUCUUUAUCUGCCCAAAAAUAUUGUACUAGGGUGUUUAACAAGGUAUUAUAAAUGGUUUUUGUAAGUGUGUGUGUCUUUAGUUUUUCUCAACUACAUCUACAUUUUUUGGAAUUAUUUUUAAUGUGUGAAAAAUAGAGAGGUUUAAUAUGUCAAAAGUAUGUAAAUUUAAGGCUUUUUAUUUAUAAAAAAUAUACAACUCAGUUUGAAUUUCAUGCAUAAUAGAUGGGAUUCUUCCAGGGUAACUACAACUACAUUUUACUUGGCUUUGGGUGUUUCGUCGUAGGUUUAUAAAGAACAAUGUGAUCAUCAUGUGAUACCUUGUUUUUCUUAACGUGUGUACCUGCUCAAUUUAUAUACUUACAGUUUUCUGACAUUUUAACUGAAAAAAUGCAUCAUGCAACUUCAAACAAAUACUAAUAAGUUGCCAUGUAAAUUAGUGGAUAUAAAAAUAAUUCAUAAUAAAUUCUUUAAAGGUACCCUUUUCAAAUCAGAUUGGUCAAAAAAGAAAACACUUUGUGGAGAUCACAUGGAUGCGAUCGAGUUAAAUUGUUUGUGGGAUGCCUGCUGUAGCUGCGUUUUUCCAAAAUUAACAAAGUUCAGCAGCUGUAGCAUAAAAAAUGGGAUUCAACAAAAGCCUGACACGCUGAAAUGAUUCCACAGACAAAAUAUCUUCGUUUUUAAAAGUUUUAGUUAAAAUUCAAAGUAAAACAGUCCACACAAAAAAGAGAAAAUUAAAAUAGCAAAAAGAAGAGAAAAAUUCUGUUCAAAGCUUAAAUCUUGUUACAUUUAUAAUCGUUACAAAUUGUUUCUGAACCAUUUCAAAACAGUCAGAAAACUGUAUGCCUGUCCCAUUUCUAAGCUAAAAAUGGGUCUUUUAAGUCGCAAUGUACUGGGACCACCUAUUCUAAACAACAACCAACUCAAUAAACACACUGUUUCUUAAUUAUAGCAAGAAAGUUCUAUCUCUUACUAACUUACAGGGAGUGAAACUAUACCAUUGUCUAUGACUAUGACAGAAAUUUAUAUUCUAUUCAAAUUAAGCAAACAUUAAUACAGUAGAACCUCUGGUCACAAACAUUUCUGAACACGUACAAAUUGGAUUACGAUCAAAAACUUUGCAUCUGUUCACGACAACACACUCUGGUGGCAAACAAAAACACUAGUGGCCAGUUUCCCUACGCGUGUUCAUACGCGCCGAUGAUUUCCGCACGUGUUCAGUCUCUCCCUGUACAUCGUUUCCAUCAGA